AUGGCUAAAACAAAUUCUACUUUCUCCUAUUUUGCCAUCAUCUUCAUUUUGACCCUUGAGAUCAGAAUCCAAUUAGCUGACGAAAGUGAACUUGUCCUUGACAGGUCAAAAAUGGGUCUGACCCAAAUUCCCAAAAAUCUGUCUCUGAAAACAACAGUCUUAGAUCUGUCACAAAACUCGAUAUCAAGUCUGCAGACUUCUGACUUCUUGCCUCUCCCCAAGCUGAGAAUUCUGAUACUUUCUCAUAAUAAAAUCCAGUAUCUGGAUACCAGUGUGUUCCAAUUCAACCAGGCAUUGGUAUACCUGGAUUUAUCCCACAACAAGCUGUGGAAGAUUUCCUGCCACCCUGCUAUGAACUUCAAGCACAUAGACCUCUCAUUUAAUGAGUUUGAGGCCCUGCCCAUUUGCAAAGAGUUUGGCAACAUGUCACAACUAGAUUUCCUGGGAUUGAGUGCCACACAGUUGCAAAAAUCCAGUAUGCUUCCAAUUGCCCAUUUGAACAUCAGUGAGGUAUUAUUGGUCUUAGGAGAACUUUACGGGCAGAAAGAAGACCCCGAGAGCCUUCAACACUUAAACAUAAAGAGCUUGCACAUUGUCUUCCCCAAACAAAAGGAAUUCCAUUUUGUUUUGGAUGUGACUGCCAGCACUGCAGUCAGCUUGGAACUGUCUAAUAUCAAAUACAUGCUGGAUAACAAUGGCCAUUCUUAUUUCCUAAACGCUCUGUUAAGACUCCAAAAGAACCGGAGGUUAGUAAGUCUGACAUUAAACAACCUUGAAACGACCUGGAAUGCUUUCAUUAGCAUCCUCCAGCUGGUUUGGCACAGCUCUGUGGAGUAUUUCUCCAUGUGCAAUGUGAAACUCGCAAAUCAACUUAACCAGAGAGAUUUCAAUUACUCUGCCACUUCACUGAAGUCUUUGUCUCUCCACCAAGUUUUUAGCAGCAUGUUUCAAUUUCGACAGGAUUAUAUUUACCGAGUCUUUUCAAACAUGCAGAUCCAGAACAUCACUGUAACCGGCACCCGGAUGAUGCACAUGCUUUGCCCCACCCAAAGGAGCCCACUUGUGUACUUGAAUUUUUCCAACAAUCUCCUGACAGAUAUGCUUUUCAACGAUUGUAAAAACCUGACUGCUUUAAAGACGCUUAUUUUACAAGCGAAUCAAUUUCAAGAACUUGCAAAUGUAGCUCAUAUGACCAAGGGCAUGAAGUCUCUACAAUGGUUGGAUAUUAGCCAGAAUGCUCUAAGGUAUGAAAAUGAAGGCAAUUGCUCUUGGACUGAAAGCCUAUUAAUUUUGAACAUGUCUUCAAACGUACUCAUGGGCUCUGUGUUCAGAUGUUUACCUCCCCAGCUCAUAGUACUUGAUAUUCACAGCAACAGAAUAGGGAGCAUCCCUAAAGAGGUCACCAGCCUGAAAGCUUUGCAAGAACUAAAUGUUGCUUUCAAUUUUUUAAUUGACCUUCCUGGAUGUGGUACCUUUAACAGCCUGUCUGUACUGAUCAUUGACCACAAUUCACUAUCCAACCCAUCAGCUGACUUCUUCUCCAGUUGCCAGAAGAUUAGGUCAAUAUCAGCAGGGAACAAUCCAUUCCAGUGUUCAUGUGGACUAAGAGAAUUUAUAAAAAAUGUAGGCCAGUUAUCAAGUGAAGUGGUAAAGGACUGGCCUGCAUCUUAUCAGUGUGCCUACCCAGAAAGCUAUAAGGGAACUGCACUAAAGGACUUCCACGUGCCUCAGUUAUACUGCAACACAGCUCUGCUGAUUGUCACCAUUGGGGUCACUAUGCUGGCAUUGGCAGUAACUGUGACCUUCCUCUGCAUCUACUUGGAUGUACCUUGGUACCUCAGGAUGAUCUGGCAGUGGACCCAGGCCCAACACAGGGCUAGGAGCAUACCUUUAGAAGAGCUCCAAAGAAAUCUCCAGUUUCAUGCUUUUAUUUCAUACAGUGGGCAAGAUUCUGCCUGGGUGAAGACUGAAUUGCUACCAAACCUAGAAAAAGAAGACAUACGGAUCUGCCUUCACGAAAGGCAAUUUAUCCCUGGCAAAAGCAUUGUUGAAAAUAUCAUCAACUUCAUUGACAAAAGUUACAAGUCCAUCUUUGUCUUGUCUCCCAACUUCAUCCAAAGUGAGUGGUGCCAUUAUGAACUCUACUUUGCUCACCACAAACUCUUUCAUGAAGCUUUUGAUAACUUAAUCCUCAUCUUACUGGAACCUAUUCCACAGUACUCCAUUCCCAGUAACUAUCAUAAACUCAAAACUCUUAUGGCACAGAGGACUUACUUGGAAUGGCCCAAGGAGAAGAACAAACGUGGGCUUUUUUGGGCUAACCUGAGAGCUGCUAUUAAUAUUAAGUUGCUAGAACAAAUGAAAUAGAUCACACAUGGAUACAAAUAA